GCAGCGGUAUCCCUAUUUGUCCGAGGAUUCAAAGGUGCUUCAGUCAAUAACACCGGGUGCUAUUCCUCCCCAAACCCACAAUUAGCUCCCUCCCAUGUCCCGCCCCAACCCUAUCUCAUAGUCAUAUGUAUCCUGCCCCAAACUCACCUCCUCAGACAAAGUCUUCAGCUCCUCACUGUAAAUAUACUGCCAUAUCCUCUCCAUAUCAUCCCAAUCCGUGACAACCCCAUGCUCAAGCGGGUACUUUAUCUUGAGCAACCCCCGUAGUUCCUGCGCUCUUGACCCAAUGAACACAUCCCCUUCCAACGCACCGGCAAGCACACGCGUGUGUUUCGGUCGACCGACGAACGACGAGAAGAAGCAUUUCGGCAGGUCCUCACCGGCGAAGCCGGCUUUGAUAGUACCCGAUCCAUUGUCUAUCACAACGGGCUGAUUGAGCAGUGAGUCCAGGGCCAUCUUUUUUUGGCAGUUCGUUCAGUUUGCUCCCCCGGGGGAUUAGCUAUAGCGGGGGGCUUUCAGGCGCUUCGCUCAAACGAGGAAGGAAUUGCCGGCUGGGGAUGGAAUUCAAGGGAGAUCAAUCGACAGUUAUUUUAUGUGUGUGGAGGGGGGAGGCAGGUUUUCCGCCUGGUUCGUUGUCAGCCUCUGUUGAUUGUAGCGCAGGGGUACAUGUGCUGUAGGGACCGACGCUGUGUCGGUUGGUUGGUAAGUUACCCUGCAUUCAUUUGCCAAGCUUUUUCCGAUAUGAAUGGGAUUCCCCCGCCUAAAACUCCUCUAACGUAUUCAUCUCCAACCACCACCGAUUGCACAUUAACCAUAUUUACAUUUACGGUUCCGAGAAAGAGAGGGGAAAUGGAUACAAUUGAACUCCCUCCAGCAGCGGACUUCCACGCUCACCUCCGCGAAGGAGAUAUGAUGCGUCUCGUCGUUCCUACGAUCAAGAAUGGCGGAGUAUCACUGGUUUAUGUCAUGGUACCCUCCCCCCCCCCCCCCAAUAUCCCCUAAAACACCAGAAUUGACGUUCCGUUAGCCAAACCUUGUCCCUCCGAUCACAACCGUACCCCAAGCGCUCUCCUACCAUUCCGGACUCGCGAGUCUUGAACCCUCCUUAACAUUCCUUAUGACGCUCUACCUCUGCCCCGCGAUAACCCCGGCGGUAAUCGAGCACGCAGCUUCCACAAAAAAGAUAGUAGGAGUAAAGUCCUACCCGAAGGGCCUCACGACAAAUUCCGAAGCAGGCGUAGUCUCGUACGAGGAGUACUACCCUGUCUUCGCCGCGAUGGAAAAGCACGACCUAGUGCUGAACCUUCACGGGGAGUCACCAUCCAGCGAGACCACGACGAUCCUAAAUGCUGAGGAGACCUUCUUACCAACAUUACUGGACCUACACGCCCGCUUUCCGAAAUUAAGGAUUGUAUUGGAGCACUGCACCACCGCAGCGGCAGUAGAGGCGGUCCGGAAGUGUGGUGAUAGCGUCGCCGCAACCAUCACUGCCCACCAUCUAUUCCUCACAAUAGACCAGUGGGCGGAUAAUCCGCACUGCUUCUGCAAACCCGUUGCCAAGCUCCCAUCUGAUCGCGCUGCACUCGUUGAGGCCGCCACAUCCGGAGAUGCAAAGUUCUUCCUAGGGACGGACUCGGCGCCACACCCGCGGGAAAUGAAGAUUGGGGCAAAGAAUGGGAGGACUGCCGCUGGGGUGUUCACGCAGCCGUAUGCUGUACAGUUGGUCGCUGAGGCGUUCGAUAAGGUGGGGAAGUUGGAUAUGUUGAAGGGGUUUGUUUGCGACUUUGGGAGAAGGUUCUACAAAGUGGGGGAGAAGGGGUUGGAGAGGGGGUUUGGUGCUGAGGCAGGAAUUCUACUAAGGAAGGGUGGGGAUGAGGUUGUCGUUAGUCAGAUUGGGGAGAAGGAUAAGAUUGUUGUGCCGUUCAAUGCUGGGAAGGGAGUGUGGAGUUUAGAGUGGAGAGGGGGGUCCAGCGAGGAUCAUUAGAUUUCUUUCCUAUCGUAUAAGCAUGGUAGCCGCGAUAGGUCCGAGCAAUCUUCGAGUUCAUCAGGUAUCACUCGUUACUAAUCCCUGAUGAGGUACACCUACCCUCAGGAAGCUCUCCAGAUCUCGCCAGUAUGGCGCCUAAUUUAACGAUCGGGCUUAGAACCCCACAGAAUA